AUGGACGUGGACGUGGACGUGGACGUGGACGUGGAGGACUUGGACGUGGACAUGGACGUGGACGUGGACGUGGACGUGGACGUGGACAUGGUCGUGGACGUGGUCGUGGACGUGGACGUGGACGUGGUCGUGGACGUAGACCUGGACGUGGACGUGGACCUGGACGUGGACGUGGACGUGGUCGUGGACGUGGACGUGGACGUGGACAUGGACGUGGACGUGGUCGUGGACGUGGACGUGGACGUGGACGUGGACGUGGACAUGGACGUGGACGUGGACGUGGACAUGGUCGUGGACGUGGUCGUGGACGUGGACGUGGACGUGGUCGUGGACGUAGACCUGGACGUGGACGUGGACCUGGACGUGGACGUGGACGUGGUCGUGGACGUGGACGUGGACGUGGACGUGGACGUGGUCGUGGACGUGGACGUGGACGUGGACGUGGACGUGGACGUGGACAUGGACGUGGACGUGGACGUGGACGUGGACGUGGACAUGGACGUAGACGUGGACGUGUACGUGGACAUGGACUUGGACGUGGACGUGGACGUGGACGUGAACAUGGACGUGGACAUGGACGUGGAGGACUUGGACGUGGACAUGGACGUGGAGGACUUGGACAUGGACGUGGACAUGGACAUGGACAUGGACAUGGACGUGGACGUGGACGUGGACAUGGACGUGGACAUGGACGCGGACGUGGACGUGGACAUGGACGCGGACGUGGACGUGGAACUGGACGUAGACAUGGACAUGGACAUGGACGUGGACAUGGACAUGGACAUGGACAUGGACGUGGACAUGGACGUGGACGUGGACGUGGACAUGGACGUGGACGUGGACGUGGCCUUGGACGUGGACAUGGACGUGGACGUGGACGUGGACGUGGACAUGGACGUGGACCUGGACGUGGACGUGGAAUCCGACGUGGACGUGGACGCGGACGUGGACGUGGAUGGACGCGGACGUGGACGUGGACGUGGACGUGGACGCGGACGUGGACGCGGACGUGGACGUGGAUGGACGCGGACGUGGACGUGGACGUGGACGUGGACGCGGACGUGGACGCGGACGUGGACGUGGAUGGACGCGGACGUGGACGUGGACGUGGACGUGGACGUGGACGCGGACGUGGACGUGGACGGGGACAUGGACGUGGACGUGGACGUGGACGUGGACGUGGACAUGGACGUGGACGUGGACAUGGACGUGGACAUGGACGUGGACGUGGACGUAGACGUGGACGUGGACGUGGACGUGGACGACUUGGACGUGGACGUGGACGUGGUCGUGGACGUGGACGUGGACGUGGACGUGGUCGUGGAUGUGGACGUGGAUGUGGACGUGGAGGACUUGGACGUGGACAUGGACGUGGACGUGGACGUGGACGUGGACGUGGACAUGGUCGUGGACGUGGUCGUGGACGUGGACGUGGACGUGGUCGUGGACCUGGACGUGGACACCUGGACGUGGACGUGGACAUGGACUGUGGACGUGGACGUGGACCUGGACGUGGACGUGGACGUGGUCGUGGACGUGGACGUGGACGUAGACGUGGACGUGGUCGUGGACGUGGACGUGGACGUGGACGUGGACGUUGACGUGGACGUGGACAUGGACGUGGACGUGGACGACUUGGACGUGGACAUGGACGUGGUCGUGGACAUGGACGUGCACAUGGACAUGAACAUGGACAUGGACGUGGACAUGGACGCGGACGUGGACGUGGACGUGGACGUGGACAUGGACGUGGACGUGGACGUGGACAUGGACAUGGACAUGGACGGGGACAUGGACGUGGACGUGGACGUGGACGUGGACGUGGACAUGGACGUGGACGUGGACGUGGACGUGGACGCGGAAGUGGACGUGGACGUGGACGUGGAUGGACGCGGACGUGGACGUGGACCUGGACGUGGACGUGGACGUGGACGCGGACGUGGACGGGGACAUGGACGUGGACAUGGACGUGGACGUGGACGUGGACGUGGACAUGGACAUGGACAUGGACGUGGACGUGGACGUGGACGUGGACAUGGACGUGGACGUGGACAUGGACGUGGACAUGGACGUGGACGUGGUCGUGGACGCGGGGACGUGGACAUGGACGUGGACGCGGACGUGGACGUGGACGUGGACGUGGACGUGGACGCGGACGCGGACGUGGACGUGGACGUGGACGUGGACGCGGACGUGGACGUGGACGUGGACGCGGACGCGGACGGGACGUGGACGUGGACGUGGACGUGGACGUGGACAUGGACGUGGACGUGGACGUGGACAUGGACGUGGACGUGGACGUGGACGUGGACGUGGACGUGGACGUGGACGUGGACAUGGACAUGGACGUGGACGUGGACGUGGACGUGGACGUGGACGUAG